UUGCAUUCUUCAGAUUGCCAGAGAGAUUCAGAGGCAGAGCCGCGAGCCCCACGACACCCUCCUCCUCCUCUCCCUAUCCCCUUCUCCCCCAAAUCAUCCUUCUCAAAAUCAAAGGCUCCGGGUGGUGAGCGCUAAUCGAGAGGGAUUAGUUGUUCGCGGAGAUCGCCGCUAUGCAGGAAGCUCUUCUACCUCCGGCUCAUCCAGGCCGCUUCUACUCGGACUUUGGCCCGAAGCCGUUCGGCAGCGGAGAUCAACGGCUCUCCUCGCCCAACCUGCUGACCAACGGUGGAGAUCUCUUCUACGGCUGCUACUCCCCCUUCAGCCCUACCCGCGUGCUCUCGCCGCCGCCGCCGCGGCGCGCCGCCUCGUUCUCCCACUGCUCGUCCUCCUCCGACUCCGUCGUCGACGACGGAGAUGGUGCGGGGGCAGCGGCAGCGACCGAGCACCGCCUCCACCUCGCCCACCUCGCGCUCCAGUACCAGGAGAUGGCCAACCGCUUCGAGCUCUGCCUCUCCCACCUCGCCGAUGCCGCGGACGAGGCGGCCGCGCUCCGUCAGGAGAACGCCGAGCUCCGCGUCGCCAACAACGACCUCGCAUGCCGCAUCGCCAAGUUCGGCGGAAGGCAGAGCUCCGCCAUCGCCCUCGCCGGUGACCUCCGCCGCCUCCGCCUCCCCAAGGAGCAGACCGUGCCAGCUCUUCCUCCUCCGCCGCAGUCUCCGCCGGCCGCACUGAUGAAUCCCGUCGCCGUCCCCGAGAAGCAGGCUGUUCUUCCGAAGAGCAUCUCCAUCCGUUCGACCGGAUACCAGAAGCUGAACCAGGGCGGCAAGCAUCGCGUGUCGAAGCCGGUGAACGUCGGCUCGCAGCGCGUGUUCGUGGGCAUUGACGGCGCGGAGGGAGGCGAGCACAAAGUUGGUGUGAAGAAGGAGGAGCCGCCCAUGGGUGGGCUGGAGUUCGAGGUGUACAACCAGGGCAUGUUCAAGACGGAGCUGUGCAACAAGUGGGAGGAGACCGGGGCUUGCCCCUACGGCGACCAGUGCCAGUUCGCCCACGGCGUCGCGGAGCUCCGCCCCGUCAUCCGCCACCCUCGCUACAAGACCCAGGUCUGCCGCAUGGUGCUCGCCGGCGGCGUCUGCCCCUACGGCCACCGCUGCCACUUCCGCCACUCCAUCACCCCCGCCGACCGCUUCUCCUUCGGCCAUUGAUCAUACGUGUCAGUCCAUCACCGAUCGCCACUCUCUCACUCCCUCCUAAUCUCCUCUCUCUUUGAUAAUGACAUGAAAAGAGGGGGAAAAAAAGAAGAGGCCGUAAAUAAGGUAUACUAUUUAGUUGCACAAAGCAAAUGAGAACUGAAUUAUACAAUUAGCACACAGGCGAAAUGUGAAUACUAGAGAGUUAUAGCUAUUAAGUUGUGGUCAGAUAUGUGAGUUAUUACAUUGGGGGUUAUUUGUCCUAUGGUUCAUAUUGUUAUAUAGGUUAUUAUGAUCUUGUUUCCUUGUUUCGUUUUAAGCAAACCGGGUGACAAAUUGUUGGACUCAUGUAAGUAAGGCUGUUAUUUGGAUAUCUGAAUUAUGUAUGGAACACUUGUACGCUAUGAAAGUGCCUGAAGGCUGUUAUUUGCAAUUUGAUUGAUGUGUUGGAACACUUGUAUGGUGAGGGUUCACUGUUCAGGCAUCUUCAUUCUUCAGUUGUAAUGUUUUAUGAGCAGUUGAAGUAAUGAAUUAUACUUUUUGGUGAA